AUGGUCACUCCUACUGUUCAUGCUGCUAAGAAGAGGAAGGAAAUUGAGUCUAGGUCCAAAAUCUGGGAUCACUUUGAAAAGAUCUUAGAUUCUGAGGGGAAAGUGAUUAAAGGCAAGUGCCUUUACUGCAACAAGAUGUUUGCCUGUGAAUCUAAAAAACAUGACAUAUCAUCUUUAAGGAACCACAUGCUGGGCUAUAUUAAAAAUCCUCACUCAAAAGAUAUAAGGCAGUCCCUACUCACAUUCAAUACUGUUUCCACUUCUGGAACAGAGGCUCCUGAGUGGGUUUUGGGGACAUGGGUCUUUAAUCAAGAGGCCAUUAGGAGGGCCUUAUGUGAGAUGAUUAUCAUAGAUGAGCUGCCUUUUAGGUUUGUCGAUGGCCAGGGUUUCAAGAGGUUUAUUCUUGUCUGUUCUCCUAGGUUUCAGAUCCCUUCUAGGUGGACAAUUUCUAGGGAUAUCUACCAAAUUUUCCUAGAUGAGAGGCUAAAUCUUAAGAAGUUGUUUAGGGUGGGCACCCAAAGAUGGAAGCUUCCGAAAAAAAUAAUUUCCUUUGUCCAUGUUUCUUCUCAUAGGGGGGAGUAUAUUUCAAAAGCCCUAGAGAUUUGUCUAUUAGAGUGGGGGAUUAAAAAUGUGUUCACUGUUACAGUGGACAAUGCCUCUUCUAAUGAUACAGCUUUGGAGUUUUUUAAGAGCAAGCUGUUAUCUUGGGGUUCUUCUUCUGUUAGGGUGCAAUACUUGCACUUGAGGUGCAUAACCCAUAUCUUAAACUUAGUGUUCCAAGAUGGUUUGAGGUUUGUAGAUGAGUCAAUUAAAAGGGUGAGAGAUGCAGUGAGAUGGGUUAGGAACUCACUUGCUAGGUUGAAAAAGUUUAGAGAGCUAGCUGAUCUCAUUGGGGUGGAAGCCAAAUCAGCCUUACAUCUUGAUGUCCCUACUAGGUGGAACAACACCUACAUUAUGCUUAACACUACAAUUCAAUAUCAAAGAGUGUUUGAAGCAUAUGGUGAAAAUGACUCAUCCUUUUCUGCUAACUUAGAGUCUUAG